UUCUAACAAACAGAAGGUUCAUUGUCAGUAACUCGAAUUCAAAUUUCACCAACAUCAAAACAACAAAAAAUAUGUUUCCAUUCAAGUUGAUAGUUUCUGCUUUAUUCAUGUUUUUACCUAUAAUGUUUUGAAUAUUGAAGCAAGAAAAGUCCGAUUUGUGAUGGAAAUCGAAACUAUUACACUGGAACGGUGGAUGUGUCGAAUUUGUCUUGAUAAAGGCAGUUACAACAUAUUUGAAGAGCAACUACCAAUAACGGCACCUAUGUUGCAUUCAACCAUCAACAAUCAAGGACAUUCGGAAGGAUUUCACUCGACCAUGGCAAAUGAUACGAUCACCAUAGUUGAUGCGCUCAAUAGCUUUAGCGAGUUCAAGGUUUCCCCGUCGGAAAUCGACAACGAACCAAUGAUGUUGUGUGAAAACUGCCGUAAUGAACUAUUACGUUGUUUAAAGUUUAGAGCCAAGAUUCACGAAACAGAAUCUCUGCUGCGAAGAGAUUGCGUAAUUCAAGUUUGUAAGACAGAACAGGAAGAGGCUAAAACUAGCCUUACGCUUCAGCUGGCAGAUGUGGAUCCAUUUCUGGAGGACGAAGAUGAAUGCAAAGUAGCUUCCGGACAGGAGAAAUUAGUGCUGAAACCAGAAUCGGAUCAUGCAAAGCCUGGAAAGGUUCACCACGCCAAACCACGAUUCCAGCUAACCAAUCAGGUGAGCAACAUUCUAAGAAAUGUUGCAACUAGUAGCAUUUCGUUCGGAGGAAAGCGUAAAGAGUCGGAAGAACCGGUUGGUUCUUCAACGCCACUAAAAAUGCAACGUAAGGAUAGUCACAUCGAAAGAAAGCUAGAAAAGACAUUAGUUGUGCCGAAUUAUAUUUUCAAAAGUGAAACAGAUGACACUCAGAAAAAGAACGUACUGCAUAUCGAAAAAACGACGGUGUCUUCCUCCAGUCAAAUUAUCAGCGAAAAGGAUUUCGAUCGGAGCGAAUCCAACGGUAUAUUCUAUUGCACAGACUGUCCCAAAGCGUUUUCCGCGGCGUAUCAUUUGCUGGUUCACACCAGAAGUACCCACCUGUGUCAAUAUUGUUUGAAACAUUUCGACAAUGUUUCUGAUAGGAACAAGCAUAUCAGAGAAGAACAUAAAACGUUCAAGUGUUCGAUAUGCAACUUUCAAACGCAUUAUGCAACCAACUUGAGGGCUCACCUGAAAAAAAAUCACGAAGUAAGUCUGCCGGCUCAUGUUUCCAUUUUACAAGUGCAACAGGAUUGUAAUGAAAAUAAAUGAUCUUCACAGAAAA